AUGACCACCACCACCACCUAUUCCUCCCCCAAAACCACCACCACCACCGCCACCAAUUCCGCCACCUAUUACUUUGCCGAUACCUCCACCGAAACCACCGCCAACUCCUCCACCGGUACCUCCUCCAAAUCCACCACCACCACCAAAUCCUCCACCUCCACCACCACCACCAAAUCCUCCACCACCGCCUAUUCCUCCACCGAGUCCACCUCCCAUACCGCCACCAGCUCCUCCACCUCCACCUCCGAUUCCACCUCCAAUUCCACCUCCAAUUCCUCCUCCUAUGCCUCCACCAGCACCACCGCCUCCUCCUCCUGCCCCGCCACCAAUGCCUCCACCGGCACCACCACCAA